AUGGCCUGCUCUCCCGCCAGGUUUGAAGGGUGCUUGCGCACAGACUUGCUGAUCAGGCAGAUGUCAGCUUUUGCAUAUUCGGACUUUGUUGACUGGCAGUCAGGCCGUCAGCAAGGCCACUGCUUUGUCCCACAAGUGCCCAGCGGGUGUCCAGCAUGCUUGACUGCCGCAUUCGGCUUGUUGCUGGAGAGAUUUACCAAGCCUGCUGGUUGUGCUUUCUUCACCGCGCAGUAUCAAACAAUUGCUGCUGGGUCAUGGCGGUUUCUCGCUUUGGGCAGGCCACGCUUGCUGGCCACCAAGCUGAUGUUGGCUUGCCAUGUUUGGCACACGCAGAGGCUACCUGUUUCUUGCCUUUGUGGCGCCAGACCAACAAGGCGCAAAGUGCUGGCUGCUGCCGCCAGUGCCUGA